AUUAACGAGUGUGAAUUGGUUGAGAAAAUGUCUCACAAGAUGGUGCUAUUCCCGUUCAUUGUCGUGUCACUUAUUUCGUCGAAUGUUGAAUCGCAAGUAGCAUGCUCUGGAAAUCGAGGAAUUUCACCAGCCGUCGCCUCGUUUGUGAAACCACCAUACGUAGGAUCAGUUUGGUUCACUGGAAGUAAAUAUUACAUUCACGUCAAUGGAAGUGUGUCGGGCUUCCAACCUGGAACACAACAUGGAGUACACGUGCAUCAAUAUGGUGGACUUGGGAAUAAUUGUAAUGAUGCAGGACCACACUGGAACCUAUACAACAGAAAUCAUGGUGGACCAAAUACCACAGUCCGUCAUGAAGGGGAUCUCGGUAACGGAGUGGUUGACGCUAGAGGGAACUUGCAAAUCGAUGUGUAUGUGAAUCCGCGCGAUAUCUGUCGGUACAAUGGCUUUCUUGGUCGUGCACUGGUUAUACAUCAAAAUCAAGAUGAUUUGGGCACGAGGCCAACUCCGGAGAGUAAAUCGACAGGGAGCUCUGGACCGAGACUCGCGUGUGCUACAAUUGGCUACAGGGGUGUGUAACCAACCAUGAAACCUCCAGUAUCACCUUUAAUAUCGACGUGAUGAAUGACAGUGAAAUCAACAAUCACUGAAGUAGUUAUGUCUUGAAGAUAUUCAAUUUCUACUAAUAAAUGCUCACGAAAUUUCUUUUUGAUUUUACAAAUAUAAUUUGUUCUGCACCUCACUUCCUUCUGAUAUUUCUCACCGAACUGAUACCGAGGAUUGUAUGGAUUGUGGUCCAAGCGUCAUUCGUUUAC